AUGAAUUCAUCAUUUGGACGGGUCAGAAAGAAAGUUUCCAUCAUCUCGAUUCCAGAAUUCGUACCGGAUUCGCAUGAUAACGAAAACGUUGCAACAAGCGGUGGAAUUGUUGGAGAUAAAACAUCAUCGUCGGCUGGUGGAGGUGGUACUCGAAUCGAAUUCGAUUUCGAUGAUUUUGAGGAACAAAUUAUGAGAAAAUCCAGCAUGAACCUUCCGAGUAGGAAGCUUACCAUCGCCAGUAGUAUCGAUCAUGGAAACAAUGGAAAUUUACACAUCGGAGAUAUUAUUUCCCUAUACACAGAAUCUUCCACUAAUCAAGAACAGAGAGGUUUCUUAAGUACACUUGGAUUGGUAGAUGACAGAUGUAUCGUUGAACUGAAAGAUGGAAGACCUGAAAGUCCGCCAAAGAAGUUCAGAGAUUGCCUUUUCAAAGUUUGCCCGGUGAAUCGAUAUGCAGCCCAAAAGCAUUUGUGGACAGAGCAAAAAAGGUUUCAAACAGGAGAUUCUAUGUUCGAUGAUGACUUGAUGAACAAGUUGAGAGUUGCUGCUGAAAAGGAACGCGAAGAAAACGAGGCAGAAUUUCAAAAGACGCUCGGAAAUAUUAUACAAUAUGGAUCAAUGGUUCAACUUCUCCAUGUCAAAUCCAACAAAUACAUCACAGUACAAAAAAACUCACCGGCCAAGAGAGAACGAAAUGCGAUGAAGGUCUAUCUCGAUCGUGCUGGAAACGAAGGAAGUUGGUUCAUCAUUGAACCAGCAUACAAACAUUAUGCCAUUGGAGACAAUGUAUCUGCUGGAAAUAAAAUUUCCCUAAUUCCCAAUGCAGUAUCCACCACUCAAACUGGACAUGUCAAAUCGCAACUUCAUCUUUCGGGACUCAAUCUCUUGGAUCAUCAGACAGCAGCAGAAGUUAACUGCUUGAAUGAGCCUACCGAGUGGCAGGUUUUCAUGUUUCUUUUGUUUGACGAAAAUCAGCAGAACAGCGUUAAAUCGGGUGAUGUGGUCAGAUUGUUUCAUGCAGAUCAACAAACUUUCCUCACACUGGACACUAUCCCAAAGACCAAUCCACCGAAAGAUGUUGUUUUUCUGAGAAUGACUAAUCGACCAUCAGCAGCAGAUGCUACAAGUUCUCGAGCUCUAUGGGAAGUACAGGUUGUCCAAUCAAAUGCAUACCGUGGAGGAACAGCCAAAUGGAACAAAACGUACCGUUUCAAACAUCUUGCUUCCGAUAUGUACCUGACCGUAGAAGAAUCUCAAAUGAAAGCAAAGCCAGCUAUGAAUGGAAGACCUCCUCUGCUCAGUACAUUAUCUCAAAAAUCCAAAAUUCUGGAGCGGACCCAAAGCCCACUGGCUAGUAUGUAUUCUGAUGGUCCUAAUGGCGGAAAUGAUACCUCGGAUGCAUCUGACGGCCCGACCGUCAGCUUUUUGUCACCCAAAAAAUCAGAUUUCCCAGAAGAUGACAUUAAACUUCUGUUUGAAUUGGAUCCAUCGACAUUCAUGAAAUCUAACAAAGAAGUUCCACGUCGUUCAUAUGUUCGACUUCUACAUCAUAAAACAGCUUCAUGGGUUCAUGCGACAAAUGCAAAUGAGAAACAGAAUCUUCAUUUCAGUAAUAAAAAUGAAAAAGGAUGGGUCAAAGUGAUCUGUGAGACACAUCGAGUUGACAAAGAGACAUUUGCUCUGUUGCCUGUCAAUCCAGAUGAGGUUCGGGACCUUGAUUUUGCUAAUGAUGCCUGCAAAGCUUUGCGCAAUUUCAUCAAUCUCAUCAAAAUCGGUUCAGUAAUCUCAAAAGAAUCUCUGAAUUCCACAACUCAACUCCUUAUUGAUUGCAUUCUCUUCGUUACCAACUCCUCUGAUCAUCUCGCUGAUCCACUCAAAAUCACUGAUUUCUCCCCAUCCCGUGAUCGUCAGAAGUUGCUCCGUGAGCAGGAAGUUCUUCAUCAAGUAUUUCUUCUUCUCAAAGCACCAUUCCAACCACGUCAAGGAUCGACAGAACUUGGUCCACUUCUCGGGUCUCCAGCUGAUUUGAGUGAUAGCCGAAACGAGAUUUUUAAGACGAUGUUCCAGUUGUGCUAUUGUCUUUUGAAGUACUCCCAAGUCAGUUAUAGAAAGAAUCAAGAGUUUCUGGCCGAGAAGUUUGGAGAGAUUCAAGAACAAAUUGGUUUUGAUCUAAUGGCAGAAGACACGAUGACAGCUGUUCUUCACAAUAAUCCGAAGCUUUUGGAGAAAUAUGUCAAGGCUCCGCAUGUUGAGAGAUUCGUCGAUUUGGUCAGAAAUAAUCGCCAGGGAAAAUUCUUGGACUACCUAGCUGAUCUUUGUGUAUGUCGUGGAGAAGCGAAUAAGAAGAUUCAAGAACUGAUUUGUACAUCUGUUCUCAGUGACAAACACCGUGACAUCUUCAUGGAUACAAAAGUGAUCAAUGGAGAAGUGGAAAUCGGAUGGGAUCCAAACUUUAGAAAGUUGGUCGACAUUGCAGAAGGUGCAAAAUCAAAUCAUGAUGACGUGGAACAUUUGGAUUACUAUCGACAUCAACUUGAUCUUCUCUCCCAAAUGUGUCAAGAACAACAGUACCUUGCCAUUGAUCCACCUGUAGAAAGAGGUCUUAUGAAUAUUUCUCAGCAGUUGCCAGCGGAAUUGGUUCUACAAUGCAUGUCAGACACACGCCUUCCAUAUGAUCUUCGUGGAUCCUUCACUCGUCUGAUGUUGCAUCUUCACGUCGUUCGGGGCAGUCCAAUGUCUGCGAUCCGACACGCCAGACUUUGGCGGAGUAUCCCAGAAAGUGUGAAUGUUUCCACAUAUGAAUCUGUGUCUGUCGAGGCUUAUUCUGAUGGAAGUCGUAUGAGAAUCGGUGCAUCGAUCGCUCAUAAAGUUUUGGCCACCGUCGAAACCUACUUGAUGGGUCUGAGAGAUCAGCCAACAGAUGAAAGACACAGUGUCAACUCUAGCAAACUUACAUACGAGAUUGUGAACCUUGCCAAAUCUCUUGCUCAAUUCAAUUUCUACUCGUUCAAUGAACUUCUCCAACUCACUAAAAAUCUUCUGGCGAUCAUAAAUGAAGGUCCUGUUCCAGAACAAGUUCCUUCGCACCAAGCUAUGGUCAAUGUCAUAAGAAAUAUGUCAAAAUCCAUGUUGAGAGGGGGAAAUAACAAGGAAAAUUCCAAAGAUUUGGCCAAGACGCCGUCUAUGUCAACAGAUGAUGCGGGUCGCAGCAAGGAAGGAAGAGCUCUGAUAGUGAAAACCAAACUAAUUGUCGCUGAAAUAUUACAAUUCGUGAUGGAUGUCAGAAGAGAUUACCGUAUCACAAUGGCACUUUCUUGGUUCAAAAAUGAGUUUCCUUGCGAUGAAGAUGGAUCUUUAAUGCAUUCAGCCAGUAUCAAUGAGAAAAUGGCUUCUGAACUAUACGAUGCGAUAUAUCAUUCAUCCGGGCAUGAACUCCAUUUGGAUGGAAAAGAUGGACAACUCUUGCUUGCAAUUCUUCUUCAAAUGACAAUGUCUGACUAUCCUCCACUUACAAGUAUUGCUCUAAAAGUUCUUUUCCGCCAUUUCACUCAGUAUCAAGAGCUUUUGGAAGAUUUGAAACAAGUUCAACUAUUAGUAUCGAAUGAUGAUGUUGAGAACUAUCGGCAGAUUGAUAGAGAUUUAUUCAUUUUGAAGAAUCUAACGGAGAAAUCUGAAUUAUGGGUGCAUGGAGAUAGGAAUCAUUCUGUGGAGACAAAGGAAGUAGAAGAUAAAGAAAAGACCACGGAAUAUGAUUUACAUAUGCACCAGUUGAAUACUCCGAGGGCAUUUGAAUCAAGAGACUCCAUGGAUGCCGUGAUCGCAGUCAUCAAUGAGCAUUAUUCAAACUUCAAGAAUGAAAGUCUCCAACUUCUGAACCGGCUCCUAAUCAACGAUGAUCGAAAUGAUGAAGCUGUAGCACUUCAAGAGCUCAGUGAUAAGGCCCCUUUGAUUGCAUAUCCAUUGAUCCGUCAAAUGCUAGUUCGUCUCAAGAGAAUGUGCUAUAGAGACGGAAAGCCGGAUACCAUGAACCAGCAACUUCUCAAGAAUAUGAGAGUCUACGAGGUUGUUCUGGAAUUUAUCAGCGUUCCCCAUGACAAGAAGCAUGACCAUGAGAUGAUGAAACUGAUAACGUUGUCUCAUGAAUUCUUGAGAGACUUCUGUAAAGCGAAUAAGGAGAAUCAAAGCAGACUGUACAAGUUUAUUUCUUACGAGAAAGAUGCAAAAGAGGGAAUGCUUCGUGUGGAAACUGUGGAAGAAGUUGGAACUUUGGUAGCGAUUUUCCGAAACAACAGAGAACUUGCAUCGAAUGUUCCAGAAGAACUCAUUGCUCAUAUCGUUGGACUUAUCGAGCACAACUCCAGGAAUCCAAUUUUCUUAGAACUGUUGCAAGCGUUGGUAUGCGUAUACGAUAAGGAGAUCGAAAGUGGACAAGAGAAAGUGGCCAAUGAAAUAUGUGCAGCAUCAGAUGAAGUACGACAACUGUACGUGGAUAAUGCAUCAUUUGAAGAACUAGAAGCAAUGAUGAAACAAGAAAAAGAAUCAAGAGGUCGAGAGACAGAGAGCAGGAAGCCACUGAAGUAUCAUAUCGAGUUGGUUCGGCUUCUUGCGAUGUGUACACGUGGAAAGAAUGGAAAUACUGAAUUGAAAUGUGCCUCCCAAAUUCCAAUGGAUCAUAUCGUGAGAGUUGUGACUUCGAAGCAUUGUCUGGUAGAAGUGAAAACAGUAUAUCUGCAACUACUUCUUCACUGUUACAUUGACACUGAUGCUGAGAUGAAGGACGCCUACAAGACAGAAUACGUGGAUAAUAUCUUGAACAAUCUCCUUGAGGAUAUCCGUUCUCUUCGUAUCGAUCGACUCACAGAUGCUGAAACAGUGGCUUUGGAACAUUACAUUUGUCACACUGUCACCGAAGUGCUUAUCAAGUUUUUCGAAGCUCCGUAUUCAGCUCUUCAACAAGCCAAAGUGGAUGUGCAUCACCAUAAAAAGACCUUCUCAGAAGUUCUUCUGGAGUUGACUAGUUUAGAAAGAGGAAAACUGAAAAGUACAAGAUCAUCACGGAACUGGUAUCGAGUGGCCGAAUGCAUAAAAAGACUCACGAAAUGGGCAGAGGAACACAUCUCUCUUCCAGCUACUCUUGUUGGUCCACAGAUGUCUGCUACUGCGACAGUUCGUCAGAAAUGGCAAAAUGCAGCUACUUCAGCAAAACUGAUCGGAUUGAAUAAACCAGUUAUAACGCUUGUCGUUGAGAGACUGAACAGACAGAAUACUCUUAAUCCCGGACAUCGACUCUAUGGAACAUCGAAUUCUAUGACUGAACACACAUCUGCCAAUGUCGUUACCUGCUACCACAUGAUGAUUGGAGAGUUCAAAUUUUAUUUGCAUCCACUACAUGCCGCAGAAGGGAGUGUUCUCGUUGAAGUUCUUCACACUCCAGAGCUACUUUUCCCAGAAGGAUCAGCUCUUCGGGAUCAGUGUGCUCGUGGAGGAGUCGUCGCAAAAUUGAUUCAGCACUGCAAGACGUUGAUGCAAAACAAACAAGACAAUUUGUGUUCUAGAGUCCUUCAAACACUCUGUAAAAUGUGUGAUUGCACAAAGCAACAACUAACUCAGCAGGGUCGUCGUUUCUAUAAUAGUAGCUUUGAAAAGGGUCAACAGCUUCGGCAUCUUCUAUUGCAAAGAUACUUUGGGCAUCAUAAUCAUCAUCAUCCACCUCUGGACAGGCAGCAAUCGAAAAUCGGAGAAGUUGUUGAAGCUGUUAAAGAGAAGAAAGAGGAGACAUGGAGCCAAGAACGAGAUCUAUAUGCUAUCCAGUGUAAGCUGAAUGAUGCAGGAGCUUCUGAUCUUGUCAUUGAUAUCAUCAUAAUGGAACCGAGUCGAGAGAUAUUCCUGAAGGCAAUUCACUUAGCAAGAGCACUUCUUCAUGAAGGAAAUGAUAAGGUUCAACACUCGUUCUACAUGAGAAUGAAGCAGAAAGACAUUCAUGAGCCUUUCUUCAAAGUGAUCUUAACUCGAAUUCAGACAGCUCAGAACAGAUUGAAAAGCGAUAUGAUGAGUUGCAGUGACAGUAAACCCAAACCUUCGUUGUCAGCAACAGUGAGUAGACGAUCAUCCACUGUUCUAACUCCUCUUAUCGAUGCGGGUGAUACCGGUUUCAAUGGAACACUAUUUGAAGUACCACAACAAGUUCGGCACCCAUCCAUAUCGGAAAUGUCCCAAUUGAGCAAUGAUUUGACACACUCGAUUCCGGAUUUAACCCCAUAUCAGGACGAGGAUAAAUCCGCUGACGCUUUACCCCCAGAAGUAGCACUUGUCGAACCCAUUCUUCGUGUACUACAACUUUUGUGUGAAAAUCACAAUAGUCUUCUUCAAAACUUCCUCCGCAAACAAUCUGAUAGAACCAAUCAUAAUUUGGUUUCUGAAACGUUGAGUUUCCUUGAUACUGUAUGUGGAUCAACCAAAGGAAGUCUCGGAGUUUUUGGAGAAAUCGGAGAGCACAACUUCUCGCUCAUCACUCAAACACUUGCCACGUUGACAGAAUUCUGUCAAGGACCUUGCCACGAGAAUCAGAAUACAAUGGCGAUGCAAGAGAACGGUUUGAAUAUUAUCAUUUCUCUGGUGUUGAAUGAAAUUAAACCACUUGCUGAUGAUCAUAUGGAAUUGGCACUUGAGAUCAAAAGUCAAGCUUCCAAACUCCUGUUGGCUAUUAUGGAAUCGAGACAUGACGGAGAGAAUGCGAACAGAGUAUUGAGAAAUAUGGCCAACAUGUCUGGAGGACCAAAACAAUUGGUUCAUGCUAUCAAGCAGGCAUACGAGAUGACACGUUCCAACCAUCACAUGUUGAAAUCGGUUAGCAGAGAUCUACUGAGAAGAGCCGAGGAUGAUUCAAAAUCAAAAUCAGGUCCUCAGAUAACUGUCAACACGAUCACUCUACCUGAAAUCAAUGUGGAUGCAUCUGGAAUUGUAUCGAUCCAUACAGAGAAGAGCAUUUCCAGUUCUCUGGAUGAUAAAUUCCACGAAGACGACAGUCCGAGUGUGGAUCCAAGAGAAGUCGGUCACAACAUCUACAUUCUUGCUCAUCAAUUAGCCAUUCACGAUGGAGAAUUGGAAAUUUGGUUGGAUGGAAGUGAUGAAAAGAAGGAUGAUUUGACGAGAGAAGCACUGAAUUAUUACAAGGAGAGGACGGCACAAAUUGAGAUAGUGCGUCGUGAUCGUACACUGGAACGGGUAGUAUUUCCAAUCAACGAAAUCUGUUCGUUCCUGACAAAAGAAACAAAAGACUAUGUGUACAACAACACAGAAAGAGACAAUCAAGGUUCAAAAGUCACCGAAUUCUUUGACCAAUGGGAGACAAUGUACCAUGAAAUGAUAUGGCAAAGGAAACUACAAGACAGAAAAUGGCUCUCUUGGUGUGCUGUCCGAUUACCUCUUUGGACACGAUUGUCGUUUCAAUUCGCUUUCAUUGUGAAUGCACUCGUCGCUUUAUAUUAUCCCUUCCCGGAGUCCACAAGCUCCUCGAUCUCAUUCGGCAACUUAUACAGUUGGCUUGCCGUAAUCAGUGCAUUCCUGCUCGCUCAUUUCCUCCGACAUGAAAAAGCUUACCUUUCGAAAACGGCUCUUCUCAUACUUUCUAGUCUCUGUUUCUUGUUAGUCAAUUCUAUUGGUGUCAACUUAACGCUUUACUUUUUCGGGAUGCUACAGCUAGUCAACAAAGUGAUCCAUGUGCUUGCAUUCGUGAGCAACAAAGGAUUAGAAGAUCGACCUCUGAGUGAAAUACUUGGAUGUCGGAAUCUGCAUUAUCUUCUGGUCUACUUGACAGUUUGCAUAGCGGGUUUCGUGAUUCAUCCAAUGAUUUAUUGUGCACUACUUUUCGAUAUAAUUGCAACCGAAGAAACACUUCAAAAUGUCAUCGCUUCUGUUACAAGAAACUAUCAAUCCAUUGUGUGGACUGGUCUUCUUGCUUUGAUUCUUCUCUACAUCUUCUCUAUUCUCGGAUUCCUUUUCUUCCGUCACGAUUUCUAUUUGGAAGUGGAUCCAGUUGAACCAGAUUCUCCAGCUUCUAUUUCUGGCGCAUUACCAACUGACACGUGUCCAAAGGAAGGUUGUCCUGGAUUGGAAAGGACAAAGGAUAACGAUGAUGAUGAUAAGAAGGUGAAAUCAUGUGAAACACUGUGGAUGUGUAUUCUACAAACGAUGUAUCUUGGACUCAGAAAUGGAGGUGGAAUCGGAGACGUCCUCAGAAAUCCAGCCCCUUGGGAAGAUAUGUUCGUUUGGAGAGUUGCUUACGACAUGACUUUCUUCGUUGUUCUUAUCGUUAUUGUUCUCAAUUUGAUUUUCGGAGUUAUCAUCGAUACUUUUGGAGAUUUGAGAGCUGAGAAAAACGAAAAAGAGCAGAUUCUUAAGAACAACUGUUUCAUUUGCGGAUUGGAUCGAUCUCGGUUUGAUAACAGAUCAGUGACAUUUGAAUCUCAUCGAGAAAUGGAACACAAUAUUUGGCAUUAUCUUUAUUACAUUGUAAUGCUUCAAAUCAAAGAUGAAACCGAGUUUACGGGUCCAGAAAGUUAUGUGGCUCAAUGUGUGAAGGAGCGAAAUUUGGAUUGGUUCCCAAGAAUGCAAGCUCUAUCCCUUCAAGACUCUGAACUGGAUACGGAUCAAUCCGAAAUGAAGCAAAUGAAAGAUCAGAUGAUGCAGAUGAUGGCCAUGAUGCGAGAAAACCAAAGUCAGUGGGAUGAGGUUCGAGCCUUUAUGGAGCAGUUACAAUCUCGCUAG